UGAAUAUGUUAUUUAGCGGUCAUGAAAGUAAAGUUAACUUUCUUCAACGCUCCUACAGUCACACAUGAAGCUUAAAAGUGACUCGUCUGCUCCUGUUAUCCCGUGUAAAGACCUGCGGGUUUCUAUGCAGCUCCUCUGAAGUAAACCAAGUGUUUUUGAAGAAAAUCAAGACAUCCUAACUUCUAAAUUGAGAUUAAAUUGUGAAAACAUCAUCAUCAUUGAGGUACAGUUUACACCUCCAACAACAAUCCAAUGUGAUGCUGAUUCACAGAUGCAGAUUCAAUGGGACCAUCUCUAUCUGGGAUGUAAAACCAUCCCGAUGCUGGGGAUGUGUGGCAGCCAGGGAACAUUCAGCAGGUAUGGAAAGUGAGGAAACCCGAAAAAGGACGUCUACAGCACAAAUGGAUGCAGACCCUCAGACCCCCGUACUGCGCAUCAGUCAGCUGGACGCCCUGGAGCUGGACUCGUCCCUGGAGCAGCUGAUAUGGACCCAGUUCUCCCAGUGCUUCCAGAACUGCCGCCCUGGCCUCCUGACUCCUCUGGAGCCUGAACUAAAGGUACUCCUGCAGCUUCUUCUGUGGAGGUUCACACUGUACUCUAACAGCACCACUGUGGGCCAGUCCUUACUCAGCCUACGCUACCACAACACGCUCUCCUCAUCUCCUCGGUACCGACCUCUGACCCGCAGACAGAAACUGGGUUUGGCUCUGCUUACUGCAGGGCCUCGCUGGUUGCAGGAACGCUCCCACAGCCUGCUGCUUGGUUUGGGUUUGAAUCCAGGAGGGCCUGAUGGAGACCCAGGUUUACUCCAGAAAAGUCUCCGCAGUUGCCUCAUCUUUGUCUCUAGUAUCGCCCAGCUCACAAGUCUCUGUAACUUCCUGGUGUUCCUCAGAAAUGGUCGUCAUCCUGUCCUGGCUGAAAGGAUUGUGGGAGCUCGGGCAGUUUUUAGCAAACCAAACGUAAUUCGAGACAUAACAUACCAGUACAUGAACCGAGAGCUGCUGUGGCACGGCUUUGCAGAGUUCCUCAUCUUCCUAUUACCACUCAUCAAUACACGAAAACUAAAGGCGACACUGGCUUCUGUUGUAUUUGGAGGAAGUUCUGAUGGAACAGGAGCGACAGAAGGAACAGGAGCGUGGAGAGAGUGUGGACUGUGCGGAGAGUGGCCGACCAUGCCUCAUACGGUCGGCUGCCAACAUGUUUUCUGCUACUACUGCAUCAAGAGCCACAGCAUCGCGGACGCCGAUCUCACGUGUCCAAAAUGUGGAGCAGAAGCAGGACAGCCUGAGCCAGUGACCAUGGAGGUGGAGAUGAUGGCCAGGUGAUCGUCUGAAGAAGAGACUGCAUCAUAUUAACAUCUUUGAAUGCACAAAUGCAGUGAGCGGACUGAAUGACAAAGCAUCUUUGUCUAAAUGUGUCAAAUUAAGCCUAAAAUGAAACUUAGUUUAAAGUGAUUAAUUUGUGAAUUAUCAUGGGAUAAUGAUUCAAGGCUCCUACAGACGCUUGAAAUCCUUGAAAAUGCUUGAAUUAUAUUAUUGUGUUUCCAAGGUUUGAAAAGAAGAUGGAUUUCAGUUAAAGUUAUUGACACUAUAACUUGGGCUACGGUUUCAGCUGAAAACAGAAACCUUUUGUUGGCUUUCUUUGGGCUGUUUUUCUGCACAACAGCGGCAUUUUAGGUGCCUGAAAAUGAAAUGUUGUCAUGCAAUCUGAAUAUACUGUGUCCCUCUGAAAACAGCCACAACAACUAUGGUGGGUUCCUGAGUUCUGUUUGUGCUGCUCAUCCCAAGUUAACAUUUCCUUUGAUUAACUGUCUUUGUAGUUCAGGCUCACUAAAGGCAACAGCCCCACCUCAUCAUCCAUCUACACAAAUGUUGGUCUGUUUGCUAUUUUUGCAUGUUUACUCCUUACCACUCUGCAGAAAGAAGAGAAUGAGAGCAUGCACAUUACAAAGUCACACCACAGCCUACUGGCCUGGAAAUUUACUACAGUAUUUUAGUUUUCUUUUUAGCAGAUCUGUGCACACAGUGGUCAUUAUCAAAGCAUCAUCUGGAAGAAAAACUUUCUUUAAAAAUGUAAACAAUUUUGUUUGCAGGGGAUUAUGUUGUCUGAAAGUUGCCAUGGCACCAAAUCCCACAUACUCCGCAUGGGCAGCAAUCUACAUGCAACACUUUCUUCAGAGAAAAUUGCUCCCUUUUUGUAGGAAAUCUUUGCAGUUCCACUGCACCAGUCCAGAGCACCAGAACACAUCACAGGCAGAGUACGUGGAAUAUGGGGGUUAUUGGUAGUAGACAGCUUCAAAGUACUUACUUUGUCUGUGUGUAACUGUUAUACACAGAGAAAUAUGCAGGAGUGUAUUACUGUUUAAUGUGAUGGCAUUUACACUUAUCAUGUUAACGAUUAAGCAAAGAGAUUUUUUCACCAACUUUUUGGUGCUUUUACCUUGGAAUUUGUUCUGCCCUAAGCUGAAGUAGAUGAAUUCCUGUUUUAAAUUAAAAAAAAAAAAAAAAAAAAAACUACGUUGAUUUUGAAGGACGUAAAGAACCUUUAUUACAUCAAAAGUUAUGACAUCUUCAACUCAUAAAAAGAGGAACUUGCAAAAGAGUAGUAAAGAAAGACAUAAAAUCAAAUAUGUGAAAGUGUAUAUAAGGUAAAUGUCUGACUGUCCUCUGAGCUCUGUGAGUUUUUAAAGGUAAAUGAGACAUUAAGGAGCAGAGGUGAACUUAGUUACAUCACUGUGGCUGCAGGGAAAUGCUGAUGUGGAUUGAGCAAGAAAGGGACAAUAAAGCAGGAGGAUAAACAUGAUUUUCAAAAAUUGAGUGCACUGAUUCUUCACCUUAGUUCUUCAAAAUCCCAAAAGUUACAAUAUUUCUUUAACUUGAAAGGUGUCAAAAUACCAGUAUAAUAUAUUCUUUUUUUUUUUUUUUUUGCAACAGCAGAGAUUUUAUGCACAUUAUUCAAACAUUCAAGUAUCAACACAGCGGUCCAUUUAAAUAUGAUGUAAUUUUUACUAAUCUCUGCUUGCAUCAGUGCUGAUUCGCCAUGCUGCUGCAGGCAAAGCUUCAUCUCCUCCACCCCAGCAUCCUCCUUUAUAGCAUAAAGCUUCACCUCCUCCACCCCAGCCUCCUCCUUUAAAGCAUAAAGCUUCACCUCUUCCUUUAUAGCAUAAAGUCUCGCCUCCUCCACCCGGGCCUCCUCCUUUAUAGCAUAAAGCUUCACCUCCACCUUUAUAGCAUAAAGUCUCACCUUCUCCACCCCAGCCUCUGCCUUUACAGCUUAAAGCUUGUUGCACCCUCAUAUUCAGAUUCAUGCUACUAUGAAUUAAAUGCUUCUGAAAUAAUUGGUUUUCAAUACACAUCUAUCUAUAUGGGGACUUCUAGCCAUGCACCCCCUUGAAAGUCAAAGCAGCUGCUGACGAAGCCAGGGAUCGUCUUUAGAGCAGAGUCUUCUUUUCCAAGUUAAAAUGUAGAUCCAUUUCGGUUAAAUGCAUGAUGAGUGUUCCUGGCUGAAUGUAGGCUAUAAUAUUGAAUGAUUAGCUGCUUGAAUUUGUUGAAAAAUACACAAGAUGAAGCACCUAAUGAUAAUUGCAUAUUAAAUCACAAUUGAAAUAUUGGGGAGAAAAUUUGCAAUUAGAUUAUUUUUGCAAAUCUUUCAGCCCUACCUUAGUUGCAAUCAGUGCAAUUAACCUUUGCAGCCAUAGGUAUUACUAAUAGGCACUUUAUGUAGCAUCCUCCAACAUCAGUGUGAACAGGUGUUAAAAGGACAAAAUAGCACUGAUUUAAUGUGAUUAUCAAAGAUUUAAUCUGUUGAUUUUAGUUCUUAUUCCAAUCAUAAUUAAUACAAUGAUGCAGACAGUCCUGUUUAAAACUAAUUUAUUAAUCAUGCUUCGUAACAAACCUAUUUCAUUAGACAGAAUAAUGUAUUUAAUGUGUUUAAAGCUCUAAAUGCCUCCUGUGUUUGAAAGACUGACCGAUGUAGAUGUGGAUGAUGUUCUGACUCCAGUCUUCAUGAUGUCCGUGUCUUCUGUGAGCACACAUCGACCUGCCGUGUUUAAUAUAUGUGUGCAUAUAUUGACAGUGGUCGGUUUCUCCGGCUGGACUUUGGACAGAACUAUUUGUCUUUGGUGCACUGGACAGACUGCAGAGAACCACACAGAGCAUAUAUUUGAUGAGGGAACGUGUUGAUUUAUGCUCAGAUUGGCUCUGUGUGUUUGUUGAAAUGGGAAUAUUUGUUCUGAUGAAAAAUGCAGAAAGUCAGCUGAAUAAAUAAUGGGAGGAAUUUCUGAUGCCUCUCAU